AUGACUAUUGUAUUAAUAAUUAUUAGUAUUGUUCUAUUAAUUAGUGGAUUAUUAAUUGCUAUUUGUCUUGUUCGAUAUUCAAGUAUAUUCAGAAAAUCUUCAUCAAACUUAAUAGAUAAUAAUCUUGUUAAAUCUCAAAUAAAUCCAUUAUCACAAAUAUCAAUGAUAUCUCAUUCAAAUCCUAUAACAAAUAAUUUUCAAUCUGGAAAUCAAAUUACUCUUGAAGAGAAAGAAUCAUCAAUUUCUAUCUCUCAAACAUCAUCAUUAUUUAUGCCAUCAAAAAUUUCAUGGAAAAAUGAGAAUUUUAUUUCUGAUGAAUCUUUUCAAGAUACUAAACAUCAUCAUGAUUAUUCUGAAUGUUUAAGACUUGGUUCGCUACUUAUUGAUAGACCACUAGGUAUUGCUAUGCAGCCAUUAGAUGCUAUGGGUCCAGUACUCAUGAAAUUCAAUAUGUGUGAACAACAUUGGAUCAGACCUGAUGAUCAAUGA